AUGGAAAAUUUUACUGCAUCAUUUAACAAAUCACAAGCUUUAAUAUCAGAAGAAGCCCUGGCUGAGAUAAAUGCUGCCACUACUGGAGACCACAUAUCAUUGGAUUAUCGCCUAAAGUCGAAUGUUCUUCAACUGAGUUACAAGUUGGCUUACAAAAAUUCUUCCUAUUCAGUGUAUGAUGAUCGAUAUAAUUUCAAUGCAGCCAAAGGAAAGGCAAGUCGAAGAAGUUUUUCUUCAACUACGGUGUCAGCAAAAGUGGGCAGUAUUAGUGAAACUGAUCACAGUAGGAAACGGGAGAUGGUUCUUCCUUUCACACCCCUUUCUAUCACUUUUGAUGAAAUCGGAUAUGAAGUGGACAUGCCACAGGAAAUAAAGGCCAAAGGAAUUCUUGAAGAUCCACUUGAACUUUUGAAGGGUGUUAAUGGAGCUUUUAGACCAGGAGUUCUAACAGCUCUAAUGGGUAUAAGUGGAGCUGGUAAAACAACUCUAAUGGAUGUGGAUUCUGCCACAAGAAAGAUGUUCAUUGAGGAAGUUAUGGAGUUAAUAGAGUUGACUUCAAUAAGAGAAAGGCUCGUUGGAUUUCCAGGUGCGUUUCUUCCUUGGCAAUCAUGGAAAAGAUCUUUCUCUAGUUAA